UAAGUCAGCUCAUCAAACAACAAACAAAUAUGAAGAAUCAUUUAAAUAUGCUAGUAAGCCAGCUCAUCAAACAACAGACAGAUAUGAAGAAUCAUUUAAAUAUGCCAGUAAGUCAGCUCAUCAACCAACAAACAGUAAUGAUGCUUUCGACCGCAUCAGAUAUUCUGCGCACGUUGUAACCAUUAACGACGAGUUCAAGACUUGGAAUAACGUAGAUGGCCUUCAGACAUCGCAAUUACGAUUGUUCUCACUACUUAAAAAGCAGAAAGAUAUAAUUGACCACAUCUUGGAUUCAUAUACUGUAUAUGCAGUGGGUCCCGAUUUUCAGAAUGAUUUUUCCAUACCUCAUAUUGCUUGUUGGGUUGCUAACCCUCUCACAAAAUCAGUCAUGGAAAAAAUUUCGGAUCUGUUUAAUCAUGAAUUUGAAGUCGCAUACCAUUUAAUGAGUAAUAAUGAUGGAAACUCGAACAAUACAACAAAUGCGAAUGGUGACAUUAGUGGUGGGUUUUCGACAACUACUAGAAAUGUGGUUGAGCAUGAAGAAACCAAGGAAAAUGAUGGAAAUAGUGAUGAUGGCGAUGAUGACGAUGAUAGCGAGUAUUAUGAUGCUAAUGACGAGGGUAUAGUUGGAUUUGAAGAUAAAAAAUUAAUUGAUACGUAUAAAAAAAAAUUUCAGAGUUUCAACAUUACUAUCAAACUCUGGGCAAACGUUAAACUUGAUUCUAAAAAUAAUGUAAAAUCAACUUUGGAAUUUGAGAUCGACUUAAUACAUUGCAAUGCAACAGACUUUCUUAGCGAACAAUGCCCAUCUUUAAAUUGCUCUAUUUGCUACUAUAUCGAUUCGUUAGAUGUCUGUGUCUCUCCGAUUCCAAUCAAUCCUGAUGAUACAUCUACCCUAAUCAUCACGAAGAAAAAACAUAGUCCACGUAAAGCAAAUAAUGAUAUAAGCUUUACAAAAGUUCAAGAAAAAGACGGUCGCUUACAAUUAGAUGUAGGUGCACCGCAAAAUAUCAAAGCAUCCUUUAGCGGUGGUAGAAAAAAAGGCCGAAGUUUAACGGCAACAAUAAAAGAAUGGGCCAUGUGGGAUACAUUUAGUGAAAUUACUGGUGAUAAAUGGUCAUAUAAAUUUGCUGAUAGCGAUAUAUGUGAUACCAUUGACAAUAGGGUUAGCAUUGAUACGGAUGUACCCUAUAAGGGCCAUUGGUACAUCACGAAUGAAGUAAAAGGAUUUCGUGUGACCAUCAGGCAGGUUCUUGGCAGCACUAGUAAUAAAAGAAAGUUCAGAUACAUGAAGACACCAGAGUUGAUAAAAUCGAAUCCCAAGCUUGUUCAUCAACUCGAAAUUUCUUUUAUGGACAUAAAAAGAUUUGAUUCCGACUUUAAAGAACAUGUGAAAAAAAAGUUGCAUAGGAGUCAGCCUAUUACUAUUACCCCAAAAAACAACAGCCAACCUCAGCAAGAAAAUAAUGAAGAGUUUAUUAGUCGUAAACUAUUCACAUAA